UAAUAUCCAAAGAAAAUCAUAAUAAUGACCUCUCUGUUCUCUAAACCUCAAGCCCUCACUUCUAAAAUCUCCGACUUUAAAACUUACCGUCCGGUUGUCGGAAAACUCCACGUGGCCACCUUGACACUUCUCCUCUUCCUUGUCGCCGUUGGUGUUGCCGUCACUUCUUCACUAUGGCUUAACAAGACGACGAAACAAUUUGAUCGACUGACAUUAGUAGCAACAAAACCGGUACCGGUACCGGAGCUAGAACCACCGCAGAAAAUCGGAGUAUUGGUAAAUUGCACAAGUUUGUUGAAUCAAAACCAGUCCGGUUCUUGCUCAAGAACACCUCAAUGGAUUAACAAGACAAAAUCAUAUGAUCAACCGACAAUAAUAACAACAAAACCGGUUCCGGUACGUGUACCAGAGAAAAAAUCAACGCAAAAAACCGGAAUCUCGGUAAACUGCACAAGUUUCUGGAAUCCAAACCGGCCAGCUUCUUGCUCGCGGACACCUCAACCCGGUUCUCAUCAUAACCAAACGGAAUCAAACCGGUCGUGUCCUGAUUACUUCAAGUGGAUCCACGAGGAUCUAAAGCCAUGGAGAGAAACCGGGAUAACAAGAGAAAUGGUGGAAAAUGGCAAAACGACAGCGCAUUUCAGGUUAGUUAUUACAAACGGCAAGGUGUUCGUCGAAAACUACAAGAAGUCUAUACUGACUAGAGACGCGUUCACACUGUGGGGGAUUCUUCAGCUGCUGAGAAAGUAUCCAGGGAAGUUACCUGACGUGGACCUCAUGUUUGACUGCGAUGAUCGGCCAGUCAUUAAAUCGGACGGCUUUAGUAAACUAAAUCCUACGGCUGAAGAUGGACCACCUGCGUUAUUUAGGUACUGCGGGGAUAGAUGGACGGUGGAUAUUGUGUUUCCAGAUUGGUCAUUCUGGGGAUGGCAAGAGAUAAACAUAAAGCCAUGGAGUAAGGUGUUGAAAGAAAUGGAACAAGGAAAGAAGAAGAAGACGUUUAUGGAAAGAGAGGCUUAUGCUUAUUGGAAAGGGAACCCUUUUGUUGCAUCUCCUUCAAGAGAAGACCUCCUCACUUGCAAUUUAUCCUCGCAACAUGAUUGGAAUGCUAGAAUUUUCAUUCAGGAUUGGAUAUCAGAAGGACAAAGAGGAUUUGAGAAUUCAAAUGUAGCAAAUCAAUGCACUCACAGGUACAAGAUCUAUAUAGAAGGGUACGGAUGGUCAGUGAGUGAGAAAUACAUAUUAGCAUGUGACUCAGUAACCUUGAUGGUGAAACCUUAUUACUAUGAUUUCUUCUCAAGAACUCUUCAACCUCUCCAACACUAUUGGCCCAUUAAGGAUAAGGAUAAAUGUAGAUCCAUCAAAUUUGCUGUUGAUUGGCUUAAUAAUCACACUCAAAAGGCUCAAGAGAUUGGAAGAGGAGCAAGUGAGUUCAUGCAAAGAGAUCUAUCAAUGGAAAAUGUGUAUGAUUACAUGUUCCAUUUGUUGAAUGAAUACUCAAAGCUUCUUAAGUACAAGCCUCAAGCUUCCAAAAACAGUGUUGAAAUCUGCACAGAAGCAAUGGUGUGCCCUUCUGGAGAUGUUAAUGGGCCUAAUAAGAGGUUUUUGAUGGGCUCUUUAGUUUAUGAGCCUCCGAUUUCAGAUCCAUGUUCACUUCCUCCUCCUUUUGAUCCCAACGGUCUUGAGAAGUUCCAUAGGAAGAAAUUGAAUCUCAUACGGCAAGUAGAGAAAUGGGAAGACGCUUACUGGGAAAAGGUGCAAUAGGUUCAAUGAAAUGAUGUUAUCCAAAUUGAUAUGUGGUUUAGAUUUGGUUGGGAAUUUUGAUUUUAGCUUUCAUUUAUCGGAUCAUGUUAGAUUAAUUAUAAAUUAGAGAAAUAUAUCGUUCCUUGUGUGUUUUUUUUCCCGUAUAUCUAUUGAUCGUUCGGUGUUAUUUUU